AUGACUUUAGAACAGUUUUCUAUAGAAACAGCUGACGAUGGCACUCGACGUUCGAUACUUUCUCCAAGUGCCCUGAUGAAAACACCUGCAGAAGGUGUAGAGACUUUGUAUGAUGUACUUCAAUAUGCUGCAAGAUCCUUCAAGGAUCGUCACGGUUUUGGUUACCGUAAACUGAAAGACACGAUUGUGGAGAAAAAGCAGGUGACGACAGUAAUAGAUGGCAAAGAACAGACAGUUGAAAAGAGCUGGACCUACUUUCAAUUGAGUGGUUAUUACCAUUACUCUUACCAAGAGGCUGCUGACAUCACUCAGCUUAUUGGCGCCGGUUUACGAAAACUUGGCUUAAAUAAAGGUGAUAAGGUGCAAAUCUCGGCCUCAACAAGUUUUGAAUGGAUGUUUAUAGCACAUGGCGCAUUCAGUCAAGCUAUGACGAUCGUUACUGCCUAUGACACGUUAGGUCCUGAAGGGCUUCAACAUUCCAUAUCUGAAUCUGAAGCCUCUGUUUGCUUUAUAAAUAGCGAACAACUGCCUACUCUAAACAAGAUUCUAUCAGCUUGCCCUACAAUCAAAUCUAUCAUUUACAGAGGCAAAGCUAAUGAAGACCUAAUCAAUCAACUUAAACACCACUCACAAAUAAAUCACGUCAUCUCUUAUGAAGAGCUAGUUCAACUAGGUCAAGGUAAUCCUGUUGAUGUCGUCAAACCUGAAUCUCAUGAACUAUGCUGUAUCAUGUACACGAGUGGAAGUACGGGUAAUCCAAAAGGUGUGAUGUUGACUCAUGGAAAUGUAGUCGCUGCUAUUGCUGGCGUUUGUCGAAUGUUGCAGCAUCUGUUGGAAGCCAAUGAUACCAUGAUGGCUUAUCUUCCUCUAGCUCAUGUAUUGGAGUUCCUUGUCGAAAAUCUCUGCAUCUUUUUAGGCGUGACACUUGGUUAUGGUUCUAUUCGUACACUCACCGAUGUAUCUGUCAGAAACUGUAAAGGUGAUCUUCAAGAGUUUGGACCUACAAUCAUGACGGGCGUUCCUCAGGUAUUUGAAACUAUUCGAAAGACGGUGCUGUCAAAAGUGGCCGAAAGAGGUCCUCGUGUACAAAGCAUUUUUAUGAAGGCAGUCGGAUUGAAAAAAUACCUGCGCGAUCAUAAAUUUAGUACUGCCUUCUUGGAUAAGACUAUUUUCAAAGCAGUCAAGAAGCAACUGGGUGGACGGCUUCGAUACUGCCUCUCGGGCGGUGCUCCUCUUUCAGCGGAAACACAGGAAUUUCUAUCCCUCAGCGUGUGUCCCAUCUUGGCUGGUUAUGGUAUGACCGAAAGUUGCGGCAUGUGUGCUAUUAUGGCACCAGAACAAUGGGAAUUGAAAGAAGUGGGUACACCUGUUCCUUGCGUAGAAGUUAAAUUAGUGGAUCAACCCGAGCUUGGCUAUCUGUCAACGAAUACACCCAGACCACAAGGAGAAAUCUGGAUCCGUGGUCCUUCGAUCACUGCAGGAUAUUAUAAACAACCUGAUCUGACGAAAGAGACACUAACUGAGGAUGGGUGGCUAAAGACAGGCGAUAUUGGUGAAUGGACAGAAAGAGGAACACUGAGUAUUAUCGAUCGCGUGAAGAAUUUGGUGAAAACGAGCAAUGGUGAAUACAUUGCUCUUGAAAAGCUCGAGAGUAUCUACAAAUCAUCGCCUUUAGUUGAAAACUUUUGUGUCUAUGCUGACCCUCUAUACCCUCGUCCUGUUGGAUUAAUAGUACCCAUUGCUAAAACCUUGGAAGCAUCUUUGGCAGAAAAAGGUAUAAAGAACAGUGAUUGGGAUGCACUUUGCUCUAGUCAAGAAGCGCGUCAACAUGUACUGCGAGUUAUGCAGGAGCAGGCCAAAGCAGGCGGUCUUAAAGGAACAGAGAUUGUUAGCGAUGUUUGGAUAUGUAAAGACUUGUGGACAAGUGAAAUGGGUUUAUUGACUGCAGCACAGAAAUUAAAGCGCCAAGAAAUUAACAAAAUGUAUCAAAAGGAGCUUAAGGAUAUGUUAUCUGCUCAAAAGUAA